UCUCAGUUAUUCUUUGGAAUGCUGGGAACGUCAAAUUAACUUCCCAGUCGCUUGGACAUUACUGGAUAUUUCCCUGUAAUUAAGCUAGAAGAAGAAGGAUGAAUAGCUCCUGCGUCGGCUGUCUGAAAAGUCUGGUGGUGUCUCUCCACUUCCUCUGCUGGCUGUGUGGAGCCUUGGUGGUGGCGUUCGGGGAAUUCCAGACGACGCACUCCAAGUUCGCCUCUCUGGUCACCACCUUCUGGCCCAUCUACCCGGCCAACGCGCUCGUGGUGACCGGUGCCAUCGUCACCUGCGUUUGUUACCUGGGAGUGCUGGGAGGCAUGAGGGAGAACCGCUGCAUGCUCAUCACUUUUUAUGUUCUACUGUUCGUCCUGAUGCUGGUGGAGCUGGCCAUGGCCUGUGUGUUCUUCGUCUACAACAGAGAGAUCGACACAUACUUUGAGAAGGACCUGACCCGCAGCUUGGACGUCUACAUGGAGUCCGGCCCAGAGGGGAACAAAACCAUUAAGAAGGAUUUUGAUGCCGUCCAGUACCUGUUUAAGUGCUGUGGAGUUCACGGCCCAGAUGACUGGAAGGGGAAAGCGCCGCUGUCCUGCUGCACCAAGGAUCCCUGCAACAUUGCUGACCAGCCCAACUGGCAGGAGGGCUGCCUGGUGAAACUCAGGAACUGGUUUGCUACAAACUACCUCAGCACUGCGUCAGGAGUGGUCGCCAUGUUCAUGAUUCAGUUCGUGUGCCUGAGCGUCACCGUCCCUCUGUUCUGCCACUUCAGGCGAAGAGGACUGGGCUACAAGUGAGAAAACACUCCGUGGACCAACUUAGGACAUCGUUCACGCCAACAAGGUCAUCUGGAGUCUAUUAAAGUGCUGCCUGUCCCCCAGAAAAAUAACACACGGGAGGGAUGGUAGUGUACAGUAGUUCUAAUUAUGGGUUUUGAGUUUCCAGUAUGGUCCAUAUUCCAAAUGUCAUCACUUUGCUGAUUUUAAAAGCUCCUCUGACAUGUAGCACCUCUUAAUGCUGAAGCACAAAAUGAAUAUGCAUGAAUAUGCCGUCUCUCUGCAACAGAGACGUUGCUAAGGCGACUUUGAAUCUGGAAUUUUCUAAUCAGUUCUCACCAAGUAAAUGCUUAAUAUGCUUUAUAUAUUAAGCAUUUACUUGGUAUUAAGCUUUUCAGAGGCCAUAGGCAAAUCCUGAUUAGAGUCAACAUGAUUAAAUCCAAACUGAACAAAAUUACCUAUGGAGUUCCCCAAGGAUCCAUCCUGGGCCCGCUUCUUUUCAAUAUCUAUAUGCUUCCAUUAAUUCAAAUUAUACGAAAUAAUAAGAUAGAAUACCACAAUUAUGCCGAUGACACACAGCUAUACAUUAGUCUUUCACCGGGAGAUUACAGUCAGGUUCAAAUACUCACUAAAUGUAUUGAGCAGAUUAAUGUCUGGAUGGGCCAAAAUUUUCUCCAACUAAAUAAAAACAAAACUGAAAUAUUAGUGUUUGGACCAACAGAGCAUAGAUUAAAUAUAAUCACCCACCUUCAGUCUGUUGGAUUAAAAUGCUCUGACAAAGCCAAGAAUCUGGGGGUGAUCAUGGAUCCUGAUCUGAACUUUAAUAACCACAUCAAAUUUAUCAUAAAAACAUCAUAAUACCAUCUAAAAAAUAUUGCUAAAAUUACACGACUCAUGUCCCCACAAGAUUCUGAAAAAUUAGUUCAUGCCUUUGUUUUUAGUAGGCUCGAUUACUGCAAUGGCAUUUUUACUGGAUUAUCAAAAAAAAGCAAUAAGAGAGCUCCAGCUUCUCCAGAAUGCUGCUGCAAGAGUCCUAACUAAAACAAAAAGAGAUCAGCACAUCAGUCCAGUUCUAAGAUCCCUGCACUGGCUGUUGCUCAAAGAAUAGAACUUAAAAUCUCCUUAAUGGUUUACAAAGCACUUCAUAAUAGAAACCCAGACUACAUUUCGGAUCUUCUUCAACCCUGUAUACCACUCAGACCUUUAAGAUCAUCAGAAUCAAACCUACUAACUAUUCCGAGAAUCAGAACUAAACAGCUUUGAGUUUUUAUGCUCCAACACUCUGGAAUAAUCUUCCUGCUCUCUGUAAGGCUGCCCCCACCGUGAGUUUAUUUAAAGCAAGGUUAAAAACCUUCUUAUUAGACAUUGCCUACUCUUAAAUUUUGUUUAAUUUUUUUGUUCUAUUCAUUUCUUAUAUUCAAAAUUGUAAUGUUUAUUUUGUUUAUUUCUAAUCUGCUUGAUUUUUUUUUCUUCUGUUUUUAAUUUUCUUGUACAAGC